ACCACAGCCCGGCGCCCGGCCGCACGGAAGCGGGGAAGGCGGGUGGCGGGCACGCGGAAGCGGGGAAGGCCGGUGGCGGGCGCGCGCCCUAGGGGCGCGCUAUGGAACAGCGACUGGCCGAGUUCCGGGCGGCCCGCAAACGGGGCGGGAAGGCGGCCCAACCCAGCACUUCUAGCCAGACCUUACAAACCUCGGGAGAGAAGGCAGAAGCAGUUACAGCUCCAGAGGCAGCCUCAGGCUGGCUAAGAAGGCUCCAGAUACUUGUACGGAAACCGAGGCCCGCGAGUGCCCGGGCCCCGCCCAGCCGCGCUCAGGUAGCCACUCAGCCCUGGGGCAGCACAGCACAGCCCCCACGGAAUGUCACCAGUCCUCCGCCUCCUCUCCCUUCACAUGGAGACCGAUCUUUCCUGACCAACAUCACCUUCUUGAAGGUUCUCCUCUGGCUGGUCCUCCUGGGACUGUUCGUGGAACUGGAAUUUGGCCUGGCUUAUUUCGUCCUGUCAUUGUUCUACUGGAUGUACGUAGGGACACGAGGCCCUGGGGAGAAGAAGGAGGGAGAGAAGAGUGCCUACUCUGUGUUCAACCCGGGCUGCGAGGCCAUCCAGGGCACCCUGACCGCAGAGCAGCUGGAGCGCGAGUUACAGAUCCGACCCCCAGAGGGGACCUGAGACCCAGCUCGGCUGCCUCGGGGCCAAGCCCAGACUCAUCUUCCUGGCCCCGGAGCAUGACGUGAUUUCGGGUGCAGGGACUUAGGACUGUGCACAUUGACUCUGCGACCACACAGUUCUCCGGUCCCAGACCCACUGCUGCAGUUUUAUCUUUGACCUUCUCUUUGGCUUGGGUGAAUUUCUCUAAAAGAUGCUCACUGUGGGGCUGACAGUUUGUAAACGUUAUGUACUCAAGAAAGGAGGGAAGCCUCCUUGUCUCAUCAUUGGAAAGCGCUGGGUGGGGAGCCCUAGGAAGGAAUGAUCAGGUACAUUAUCAGGGCUGUAUUUUAUUUUAUUUUAUUAUUUUAUUUUUUUCAGGGCUGUAUUUUAAAUCUACUUAUUCUCUUUAGGUCUUUUAAUACUUGUAGCAUUUUUUUCCCUGAAAAGUUUAAGUUCCAAGUUUUGGGGGGUUUCAUUUUGCUUCCUGUUGUAAUUCUUGCUUUUUCAGGCAUUAAUGAUACUGAACCAUAAAAUGUUCAUAAGAGA